CAUUGUAGUAGCGUCAAUAACAACCAGAAAGCGUAAUAUUUGUCCUUUCAAAGCAUAUAUUUGUAAGGGACUAUGUUUAGGCUCAGUAAGAGCAACAAGUCUGGUGGUGGUCUUGCUGGUUUCAUUGAACAAGCAAAUGUUUAGUGAGUGGAUCGAAAUGCUUAGCAGCUUCUCAACCUCAUCUGUUGCUAUGUGUUGACCUUCGAAACCCAUUUGCUGGCACAAGUCAUAAGUUUUCAACGUAAGGUAUGUCUCCAGAGGAUAAACCCCAAAGUUCCCCACUUGGUUUCAGUCACAUCAGGGAGGAUCUCCCUCUGAGUCGUCGUGACCUAGACAACAGCGAUGAACCAGAAGAGAACAGGGCGUGCACUAGUGUCCAGGCAAGAGCUGAGUCUGGCCCCGAGAACUUCAGUAGUGGGAAGAGCCCUUUUCUGAAAGUCCUAAUAGAUGCAGAAGCUGCUUCCAGCGCUGCAGCAAUCCAGCUUGUGGCUUUCAAAGAUGCAGUGGACAACGAAUUUGCUACCUCUGGGAAGUCUACCAAAGACAAAAGCCAAAUCACCCGCCAGAAAGGACUUUUGCUGGAGAAGUUGGAAGAAUUCAGGCGUCUGAAUAAAUCAGUGCGACAGAAGCUAAAACAACUUCAAGAUGCAGAGGUAUAUCGAAUUGAUGCUGACAGAAAGAUGGAAACUUUACUGAAAUGGAUCAGAAACGCUGAAAGUGAAAAUGAGAAUUUAAAAAAAGACCUCGAUGAGACCGAGAAGAAGAUUGGUAAACUGAUGGAUUUGCGGAGAGAAGAGCAGGAGAACAUUAAAAGCUUAGUUCACACCACCAAGUCCAUUGAAGCAACUCGUACUCACCUGCAGGGGCAGCUGCGCAACAAGGAAGCAGAGAACAAUCGCCUGACUGUGCAUUUACGGACCCUGGAGAGAACUGUAGCAAAGCAGAAGUCGGAGACUGAUCAGCUGAAGACAUCCUUCGCCUCCCUGACCAAAAAGGCUGUGAAGGACAAAGAAUCUCUGAGGAAAGCUACGCAAGCACAGAAACUGAGAGCAGAGAGAUUCGAAGCUGCCAUAGAAAAGUGCAGUGCACAGCUAAAGGAAAGGGAUUCCCAACUGGCUAAAGCCCGUUCAGAAAGAGACUCCAGGAGACGGCGAAAGGAGCAGACGACGGAUGACAGAGAAAAACUUGUUGCUCAAAUAGACCUUAUGAAAAGUGAGUUAGCAGAGUUGACACUGAGGCUUCAGAAAGAGAGGGACGAGCUAACUGCAGCUAAUGAAAGAAUGGUGCAAAGCCUUGACAUACUCAUUGCUGACAACAGGGACCUCACCAUCACUAAUGCAACGCUCAAGACGUCCGUGGCUCAGUUGGAGGAGCAGCUCGCUGAUUGUGAGUCGGCGCUCGUUGAAGAGAAGACCAUCUCGCUAGAAAAGAAACAUGAAGCGGAACAAUGCCACUUUCAGGUUGCAGAACUCAAAGCUGAGAUUGACAGCCUUCAAAUAAAAUAUGCAAAUCUGUUGAGGGAAACAAGAACGACACAAGACAGGAAAGAAGCAGAAGUUGAGAAGGUCAGGCAGGAGCUGCAGGGACGCAUAGAGGAGCUGAGAGUUUACCCUGAGUUACUGGGUGAAGCCGAGCAGAGUCUCCUCCAAUGCCAGGAGAACCUGCGCAGGUUGGAGAGGCAGUGUUCGGAAAAAUCAGAGUCCAUUAAGCAACUGCAGUUUAAGAUGGAGACUCAAAGUAAACAGCUGAGAUCAUCUCUGGAGAUGAAAGAGUCUGUUCAUGAGGCCAAUGUGAAGGUACAAGAAAAAGUGAAUUCUCUCCAAAGAAAAAUCGACCAGGUGCAGCAGGAGAACCUGGAGCUGGUCCGGAAGCUAGCGGCUCAGGACGAGGCCCUUAGCUACAGCAACCGGCAGCUGGAUCAGCGCUCCUCUGAGUGUCAAGCUCUGAAUCGGCAGCUGGAAGCUGCUUUGUCGGAUGUCAGAGAGCAGGUGAGUAAAGUAAAAAGCCAGACUUCCUCCAGAGAAGAGGCUCUGCAGAUGAAAAUCCUACAGCUUCAGGCUGAGCAGAGCAGAAGGAAUAAUGAACUGAAGCUUCUUCGUGAGAGCAAGCAAAAUGCGGCGAAACAGUUUGAGGUGCGUCUAAAGAACCUGGAGCUCAGUCUGGACCAAUCAGAGAGCCACAAACGCAGCAUUCAGAAUUACGUUGAUUUCCUCAAAAAAUCUUACAUGGCAAUUUUUGAUGAAGGGGUGCAAACAUCAACUUUUGUACAAACAUCAUAUUUCCUAAAAUGAUGGUUUCCAUUUUUUUGUGUGUGGGUGUGUGCGGGCGUGUGUGUGUGUUACACUGUAAUAUUUAUAUCAAGUGAGAGUCAAGAAGAAGACAUUUUAUUUAGAGACAAUAACUGCUGCAUACAGCUAACGGUGAUAACCCCAAAUUUAUAGAGGUUUUGAUAGAUAUUUUAGCUCAGGUCCAAAGAGCGGAUGUUUCAUAUUUUGUUAAAUGGAUGCAUUCUGUAAAAGUGCUAGGUGCUAAAUCCUGGAGCUACAUUUUUAAACUGGUGCAGCAGAAAAAAUGACCCUCAUCUGUGCACUCUGAUGAUUUUUUUAAGAGAAAGUUGUUGAAAACAAAAACACCUAAGUUCAUUUGGAAACUAGAAUGAUGAAUGGUAAAUUGUUUUAUCCAAAAAUUUACUUCCGAUUAUUAAUAUUUCUACAAUGUAAAAUUUGAACAAUAAUGCCUAAUCGUCAAUAUUCCUUAAAUGGCCUUGGCUACAGUAGUAAGACUCUUUAUAUUAAUAAUUUAAGUGGCAGAAGACAUAUCUAAACUCUUCAGGCACAUUUUUGUGGCUUUAAGGAGUUGGUUUGUGUUUUCUGUGGACUAUGAAUGUUAUUAAGUCUUUGUUUCAAAGAGUUGAGAGGUCAGAACCUCAAACAUUUCACUGAGGAUAAUUAAACCCCGGGGUCAGUGGAGGGGAUUUAGAAAACUAAGACUCGUUGUUUGUUGAUAACAGGAAGUUGCCUGAAAAUGCAGGGUGUUGCACAGAGAAAGCUUCCACUUCCUGUGUUUAGCAUAUUGUCUGGGUGUAGUUGAUUUGAAUGCCUGAAAUCAUCAGAUUCCUUUUUAAGGACGCAUCUUCAGAUUGAGCAGAUGGUUCAAGGUCAAGGGACAGAUGGAUUUUUGUUUCUAAGCUCUUUAGUCUAGCCAGUAGCCAGUUGGUUAAUGACUUCUGUUUUCUUUGCACACACGAUUGGUUUUCAGUCCUGAGCUUGCAUCAUGUCAAGUAUGUAGAUCAAUUGUCAAAUCUGAUUAACUUGGGCUUGCCACAUGUGGGACAUGUGGCACUUAGGCUUUUUUGUCUUUGGUGAAUGGUAUAUGGAUUAUUUUUUUGUGUUUUUUUUGUUUUGUUUUUUUUACUGGAAACAUGUUCCUUAUUUACCUCUUGUCUUGUUGGAGAUCUCUGGCCUGCAUGUACUCAUUACCAUGUAGUGUUAUCUCUCUGUGAUCUCAGCUUUAUACACAAAAAUGUAUGUUAUUUCUCAGGAACAGUGAAAUUUGGUAAACAAUCUAAAGAAAACCAUAUUGAUCUUCUAGAUGAAGUUGUACCUUUAUAAAAGACAAUGAAAUUUCUACUAAGUGCAGCUUAUUAACAUCAAAACACAAGACACUUAUAUUUGCUUACUUUUAACACUCAUUAUACAUUACCAUAAAGUUAUCAGAUUGAAUCAGUUCUGUUGUUUUAGUCCCUUUUUUAGGUUGCAGUUUUGCAAACAGACAUGUACUGUUUAUUAUUUUUGCAUGCUUGUAUGUUACUUUUUUGUAUGCAACAGUCAAGUUGUAGGUGAAUGUACGAAAACAUCAGCGGUGGUUAGGAUAUUUUUAAUCCUCAUAAAUCUGCUUUUCCAAUGUCUCAAAAACAAAAACAUCUGUUUUUGCAGUGAUUUGUGAGAAGACGUGGUGCAUAUUUUCCUUUUCCUUCUCAGCUGGUAUGAGAUUAGUGAGGCUGUAAAUUAAUUUAUUUGUGAAGAUCUUGUUGCUGGUUUGCAAACACAAUUACUGAAUAACUGAAAACUUUUGGGAUGUUUUCCAAACACAUCUUGUAAUGGUAGUGGAUUACUGUAAUUAGUUUUUCUUGAUUUAAAUAAAAAUAAUAGUCUUUUUUUAUCCUUUACCGUCACUGUUAUCCGUCAUAAUCUCUAAAUUCUCAUAAACUAUUGUUUACUAGAUCUCUGUGUUCUUGCAAUGAUCUUUUAAAAUAUAAAAAUCCCAUUAAGAGUCCGAGGAAAACUGCACUUGUGGUUUUGUGUUAUUUUAUGCAUUUGGUUUCUUAGAUUCUUAUAGCAUCAUUCUGUUCUCUUGCCUUGUGAACUGGUGUGAGUGUUUGUCAGUUUUAGAAUAAUGUCACAUUAAAUAAAUUAAAAGAAGCCUUU